CAAGGCAUUUUUUCCGCACUGGUACUGCGCAUGCGCACUGUGAGUAGUCCUUGGCUGUUCGGCCCGCUGGAGGUUACAGAUACAGAUCCGGAGUCAACAUGCAGAGCUGGACGCAGGUUUACCGCUCUCUGGCCACGCGGAGCCACCAGCUUCCCUGCAAACUGCACGGAGCUGCAGCGCUGUCCGUCAGAAGCUACGCCGACAAAGCUGCAAUCGAUGCAGACGUCACGGUGGUGGGUUCAGGGCCCGGAGGGUACGUCGCCGCCAUCAAAGCUGCACAGCUCGGCUUCAAGACAGUCUGUGUGGAGAAAAAUGCCACGCUGGGAGGGACCUGUCUGAACGUGGGCUGCAUCCCCUCCAAGGCUCUGCUGAAUAACUCCUAUCUGUACCACAUGGCUCACGGCAAGGACUUUGAGAGCAGAGGCAUCGAAAUUGCAGGCCUCACGUUGAACCUGGAGAAGAUGAUGGCUCAGAAGAGCGGAGCGGUCAAAGCUCUGACCGGAGGAAUCGCUCAUCUCUUCAAACAGAACAAGGUGACCCAUGUGAACGGAUAUGGGCGGAUUUCGGGGAAAAACCAGGUGACGGCGGUGACGGCUGACGGCAGCGAGCAGGUCAUCAACUCCAAAAACAUCCUGCUCGCCACCGGCUCCGAGGUCACGCCUUUCCCCGGCAUCCUGAUCGAUGAGGAGACCGUGGUGUCGUCGACGGGAGCGUUGUCUCUGAACAAAGUUCCCGAGGAGAUGAUCGUGAUCGGAGCCGGAGUCAUCGGAGUGGAGCUGGGGUCAGUGUGGCAGCGUCUGGGCUCUAAAGUGACGGCGGUGGAGUUUCUGGGCCACGUUGGAGGCAUGGGGAUCGAUAUGGAGAUGUCUAAGACCUUCCAGAGGAUUCUGCAGAAACAGGGCCUGAAGUUCAAACUCAGCACGAAAGUGAUGGGCGCCACGCGCCGGCCCGACGGCAAGAUCGACGUGGCAGUGGAGGCAGCAGCUGGAGGGAAGAACCAGACUCUGACCUGCGACGUGCUGCUGGUGUGUGUCGGCAGACGGCCGUUCACUCAGAGCCUCGGCCUGGACUCUGUGGGCAUCGAGCUGGACAACAGAGGAAGAAUCCCUGUCAACGGGCGCUUCCAGACCAGCGUGCCCAGUAUUUUUGCGAUCGGGGAUGUGAUCGCCGGCCCGAUGUUGGCCCACAAAGCAGAGGACGAGGGCAUCAUCUGCGUGGAGGGCAUGGCGGGCGGAGCCGUGCACAUCGACUACAACUGCGUCCCCUCCGUCAUCUACACCCACCCCGAGGUGGCCUGGGUGGGCAAGACUGAGGAGCAGCUCAAAGAGGAGGGCGUCCCGUACAAAGUGGGAAAAUUCCCCUUCGCCGCUAACAGCCGAGCGAAGACCAACAACGACACUGACGGCAUGGUGAAGAUCCUCAGCCACAAGGAGACGGACAGGAUGCUGGGAGCUCACAUCGUGGGGACGGGGGCAGGAGAGAUUAUUAAUGAAGCUUGCCUGGCGAUGGAGUACGGAGCUUCCUGUGAGGACAUCGCAAGAGUCUGCCACGCACAUCCUACGGUGUCGGAGGCCUUCAGAGAAGCGAACAUCGCCGCCUCAACUGGGAAAGCGAUCAACUUUUAAUCCCGUUGUCUUCCCUUCAGUGUAAAUAACGAGGAGACCUGUGUUAUUUAAAUGUUCUCUCAAUAAAAGAGGCCCCAGCGCUGACCUCAGAUCAGUCUCUCUGCUCUCUACAAACACUGCAGAGAGCAGAGAGACUGACCUCAGAUCAGUCUCUCUGCUCUCUACAAACACUGCAGAGAGCAGAAAGACUGACCUCAGAUCAGUCUCUCUGCUCUCUACAAACACUGCAGAGAGCAGAGAGACUGACCUCAGAUCAGUCUCUCUGCUCUCUACAAACACUGCAGAGAGCAGAGAGACUGACCUCAGAUCAGUCUCUCUGCUCUCUACAAACACUGCAGAGAGCAGAAAGACUGACCUCAGAUCAGUCUCUCUGCUCUCUACAAACACAGCAGAACAUCACCACUUAUUUACCGAACAUAGAUAUAUAAAUAUUAUUAUUACUUUCUGCCGGGUCGCUGUGCUUCCUCUCUCAAAGGAACAAGUGUUUUUGUUAUUUUUACAGAAUGUAACAUGACGAAAGUGAUCAGAGCAGGAAGAUGUACGUUUUACAGGUUUAGAUAAACUCCUAGAAAUUAAGAGGCUCGAGCUUUAAUCACAAGAGGAGUUUCUGCAUUUCAUACAUUAUUUUUUGCUGUAUUUCUGCUUCAAUUCUUUAUUUUUAAUUUGCCAGAACAACAAAUGCUAGAAGGAGAAGUUGCAAAAGAAAGGAAACAAAAUCUAAAUUAAUAAUCGUUAGGGAAAUGUUUUUUAAGGUCUACUUUCUUGUUGUUUUUAACAGCUUUCAAACUAAUUUCAGUCAAAAUCCAUGUGUUUAAAAGCUAAUGAUAUUCAAAUAAAGAACGCACUCCUCUGCAGCAACACAUGGGACGAGUCGACGCUAAAAACAUGACAUUUAAGGAACAAAAAAGGGAUUAAAUGCACGAUUUUCACCGUUAUGGUAAUUCUGCCUUAUUCAUUAAACGCACAAACUUAAAGGUUCCCUGUGGAGUUUCUUUUAAACACUGUUUUCUUCUUCUGCUGAUUUGAUGGCAACCGCAGGAAUACAAGGCAGAGAAGAAGACGGCAAGCUAGAGCUGCUCCCAUUUCAUUACUCAAUUAAAUUGUUUUUCAUGUUUUUUCAACCCUCUUAUUUCCUACUUUUCUCUCACAUUAGAGAGACCGUAUUUAGGCAUUUUAAGGCCACAGUUUGGACUUCUAUUUCACUAUUUUCUGACAUGUUAUCCAUACAAUAAGCAGGUUAAUCGAUCAAUAUAACAAAAAUAAAUAAUCAGGUGCAGCACUACAAGCUAGUAAACAAAUGGUUGAUUGCUCUCAAAUCAACACUAUUGUUAUUGUUGUUUACUCCACAGUGCACCUUUUUAAUUCACCUCCUGUUUGUGCAGAACGUCAGAGUUUAUUCUCCUUUAAAUUAUGAUUUAAAUCCAGUUUGGAUCGUCUUCCUGCUCCGGCUGCUUCCCUCUGGCUCUCCGCUUAUCUCAACAUUUUAGACCAAUAAAAUAUCAGUUGAAUAAAAA